GUUUGGGAGGGCUAAUUUUGAAGUAUUCCCACCCUUCCUACUACUACUAGUAGACAGCUGUUUCUCUUCCUGAUCGUGCUUGGCAAGCUCCAGGAGGUAGCGGUAGAAUGGCGCUGCGUGGAGUCAAGGUGCUGGAGAUGGCGGGGCUCGCCCCAGCGCCGUUUUGUGGGAUGAUUUUGGCUGACUUUGGCGCUACUGUCAUACGUGUAGAUCGUCCACAGGAACACACACUGGAUACAUUGGCAAGAGGUAAACGUUCGAUUGCUGUCAAUCUGAAGGAGAAAUCUGGAGUCGAAGUUGUUCGCCGACUGUGCAAAACCGCAGAUGUCGUUCUCGAGCCGUAUCGUCCUGGUGUAAUGGAGAAGAUGGGCCUGGGACCUGCAGAGCUUAUGCAAGAGAACAAGCGCUUGAUCUAUGCCAGGCUAACCGGCUUUGGUCAGAAAGGUGUCUUUUCCCAAAUGGCUGGUCAUGAUAUCAAUUACUUGUCAAUGUCUGGCAUGCUAUCUAUGCUUGGUCGGCAUGGUGAGAAGCCAACACCACCCAUUAACCUGCUAGCUGACUUUGCCGGUGGUGGUCUGAUGUGUGCCCUGGGUAUUACUAUGGCUUUACUGGAGAGAGCACAGUCAGGCAAGGGACAGGUUAUUGACGCCUCCAUGGUACAAGGGGCAGCAUAUAUCGGCACGUUCCUGAAGACAAGUCAGAACCUUGGUCUCUGGACAGGGGAACGGGGUCAGAAUUUCCUUGAUACUGGAGCUCCAUUCUACGAUACAUUUGUGACGAGCGAUGGCCAGCACAUGGCGGUCGGUGCUAUUGAGGGCCAAUUCUACAAAGAGCUGAUCAAGGGCUUGGAGAUUGAUCCGGAAUCACUGCCUCCUCAAGUCUCAUUGGACGACUGGCCACAGGUCAAGGACACGAUUGCCAAGAAGUUUGCUUCCCGGACACGAGACGAAUGGUGCAAAGUCUUUGAUGGUACUGAUGCAUGUGUAACACCCGUGCUUAGCAUGGAAGAAGCUGCCGAGCAUCCCCACAACAAGGCGCUUGGAACGUACUUCACGGAUGAUGAAGGAGAGUCUAUGCCAGCCCCGGCACCUGUGCUAUCCCGCAGUGCAGCUAAACCAGCUCAUGGUCGACAGCCAAUGGUGGGCGAACACACGGAGGAGGUGUUGACAGAGUCUGGGUUCUCUCGGCGGGAGAUCAGCGAGCUAUCGCAACAGGGUGCUAUUCAUACUAAAGACAUGUCAAAGCUGUAGUCCUGAUCCGCAGUCUCUUCCGGCUGCAGCUCACAGCAGUGAACUUGAUGUGUAUGGCGUAGAAUGACUGGAAGUCCACCCCCACAGUGCAGCUGGUGUGUUGCCGACAACGUCAGCAGACUGAUAGCUGCGCGUGACUGCCUGCUGGGAGCAGCAUGCAGUCAACGUGUGUAUGACUGUGGCGUCCGGAUUGCUGGUGCUGGUGGAGGCAAUGUUAGUGGAAAGAACUGUACUGGGUUGUGGCACAACUUGUGUGCACACUGCAAACGCGUGUUGUUUAAUGUUAGCUACAGUGGACCCGUGCUCAGAGCAUCGACCUACAUGUACUUGGAUAACUGCUUCCAGGUAUCAUCUCUACCAGUAUGCCCAGCAUAUAAAUAGAUCCUUGAGACGAACACCAACAGCAGCAGCACCCUGCACUGGGUUGUUAUGUAUCCUCUCUCUCCCCUGCUAGCUUCCAACCGGUAUAUCCUCAGCUGAGAAACUUUAAGACUCCCAACUUCCCAGUGUGCACACUUACGGACCGAUGAUCAUGAUAAUCGUCCGCAAAGCACCUUCUAGAAUCUGAUGCUCCUCAUCUUGUGGGACUGACGACUCUAUUUUCCGUAUCGUUUUCAGCUUUGAAACUCCCUUUCUGUUCCUUCCAUGUCGGAAACCUAUCGAAUUCACGCCUGGUUUCCUUAAACAAUAGAAUUGUAUUUUAAUAAAAUACAUGUGUCUCAAAUUACCUACCCCACUGAGUUUGUUGAUUGUACAAGUAGAAAAUUAAUAAUGUUAUUUCAGGUUGCAUGCAUUUGAUUAUACGCCCAUUGCCGGAAUGGUCUUCUUCCGUUUCUACAGCUUCGCCUUGCCUAAGCUUCCCAAUAAUAUUUCCCAGUAUUUGAGAUUAUCCGACUUGAACGAUGUAUAGUAACUACAUUGUGGACAGAUUCCAUUUACUUGUUGGUGUCUUGCCGUGUUGUGAGCUGCUGAGCAUGAAUGAGGCACAAGUCUGUACAGA